AUGUCGGAUGACUCAGUUCGCCAGGAGCGCGCAGGUUUGCCGCUGGAAGCGGCGAGCCCCGCGUGUCCCUCAGGGCUGCGCUCUCCCCAGCCGGGCAGCUCUCUGCACGCCGGGUUCUUUCCCCAUGGUGAAGGCGAGAUCGUCGCCAAUCCUCCCGAGCGGUUCCAGCGGCAGCAGCCCCGCGGUCCGGCCGGGUGCACGCAGCCACUGGAUGUCACUGUUGUUCCGCGGAAACCCCCCCAAAGCCCCGGGCUACGGGGCGGCAGAGAGCGGAUUUUCACACCCGCUGCGGUAUCUGCUGCUUUCAGUGGCUCCGUGCAGCCCGGUCACACGCAAAAGGUCCGUAUAGAUUCUGGGAGGGUGAGCCUAUUCACCCCGAAAGCCUUAAGGAAUCCACAGACUGGCGCCCCAAGGUGGUCGGUGUGGCCUGACGACCUGCCGUUGAGACCCCGGACCCCACGGAGAGGCUUGGAUCCUCGAAGGGUCGAGGAUCGAAGGAGCCUUUGGUCCACCCGCCGCCCCGGUUGCAGCAGGCUGCUUUUCGCGCGGCUGCGCUCCCGGCGAGAGAGCGACAAUCGACCGCGCGGGGAGGACCGCUCUCGGAUCAGGAACAUCUCUCGGUUUCAGUCCGGAGUAAGCAAGGGACCCCCCAAGGGAUUUGUGCAGGAUGUGUAUUCUAUUCCUUUCUGGGACCGAGUUGGGGACCUGCUCACCCGAAAGGUGGAGCAGGGAGACGCAAAAGCACCCAAAUUUCUCCAACUUUGUCUUUUAAUCCGUAAAGAAUUAAUUAACUGCGAAAUGAAGAGACAGCCAUCGGAAGACUUCUCGUUUCCCCUUCUCCCAAACUCUCUACCCCUGCACCGGGAGGGCUGUGCGGAGCAACCCGUGCCAUGCAGCGCAGCCAGCAGAGCUGCAGUGUCCCUGGCUCACCACAGUCCACUCGGUACCUUAGCUCUGGUGGCAGUGGCCAGGCUGCCUAUCAUUCCCCACAGCCUUUUACUAACACCCGGUUAAUAACCCAAAGGUUCGUCGUUCUGUUAGCUUUAAAGACGAUCUCCCCAGUUAACAAGCUGGUCUCCGAAGGACACAAAAUGGUGGGGACCGCGUGCUGGACCCUCCAUUUUGUCCUGCUCCUUCUCCCUCACCCGUUUUCCCGCUCUCCCACCCCUUCCGUUCCCCCGACCCUCCCAACCCCUUCCUUCCCCAAGUCUCCGCCUCCUUUUUCUCGCCGCCCUGCCACCCCCCUCCCCCCCCGCCGACUUCCGGUUCCCACGGUGGUGUGGCCGGAUGUGGGGGACCCGAACCCGGAAGAGGAUGAGCUGCCUCUUGCAGCACCUGUUACUCACUCCGGCAGAGGGGGUAAGAACCGUGGGUGGAAGGCGAUUGCCUACCAAACCAAGAGGGAGCUCUGCAAAACUCAGAAGGAGUUCGGCCGCGGCAGUGAGAUGUUCAGAGGGACGCUCGAUGCUGCUUUAACAUCAUAUGACCUUGUACCGGCUGCUUUCAGGGACCUGUUCUGGUGCAUUUUAAUUUGACUGGAGUUCUUCCUCUGGGAGGCUAACUGGGGGAGAUUCCUGAAAUCACUCUUGUCUGAGCUGAAAAACACUGCAGAGGUCUCAAUUGAUGACGAUGGCAAUCUUAAAACAUUAGAACAUCUCGAGGGCUCGGGGAGGUGGAUGGACCCAGAAGAGCAGGCAUGCAUUCUUCCCAAGUUUAUAAUAACAAGGCUGGGGGCAAUGGCAGUGAAAGCAUUUCAUUAGUUAUCGGAACUGGAGCUGGAAGGCAGGUAUGUGAACAUAAAACAACUUCCCUUUGAGGGUUUUUUACAGUUUGUUGAGAGGCUGUGUGAGCAGGUAGAGCGACAGAUGGAUGAUCCGAUGGCGCAGGCGGAAAUCCUCAAGGAAAUGGCCUAGAAUAAUGCCAAUGAGGCCUGCAGCCGGGUGAGCCUGGGGCUGCCUGUGGAUCCUCCAUCCACGCUCAAGCAAAUCAUCGUGGCCUGCACCAAGAAAGCAGAUAGGUACCACAACCAGGAGAGGAGGUAUGUUCCAGUGAAACCCAGGACAGCUGCAGCAGCCACACCCACACCAGCCAAGUGACCACUGCCUGCUCAAGCCAAAUGCUUCAAGUAUGGGAAGCUUGGGCACUUUGCGAAGGACUGUUUAACACAUCAGCAACAGAGGAACCACUGGGGAUCUUAUAAGGGAGGGGGGAAUCACAGGUCACAACAGAAGGACCAACAGCAAAAAAAAGAAAGCUAUGAGCGCGAGACUGUACCGCGCCAUGACACAAAUAAGGUGGGCUCAGCAAAGGAAACACCUUUCCAUAAAACAAAAAAAAGGGAGGGAGGGAGACAGGGUGAGGCACAGCACAAAAAUAAUAAUGAAGGACGCUCUAAAACACCGGACUUCGAUCUAAAAAAUAACCACACAAAGACCCCUUACCCUGGUGGGGAUCCACAUGCGUUAUAGGAUUUGGUUUAGCAGCCUCGCAAGCCUGCUAGGCUUGUGACUGUCAAGGGCCCCUCAUUUCAGGUUUCUCUGCAAAGAGCUUUUUACUAUCAACUUUUUGAACUGUGCCUUUGAGAAUAUGUGUACUCCAGUCAUCCAGCACUUUAGCAGCAGUGAAAAGUAUAAAUUAGCGCCCCGUCCUCCAGUCCUGAUUAAAGAUCGCGAGACAUGGGAGACCAAAGGCCCAUUUGAACUGGUCACCUGGGAACGUGGAUACAUGUGCAUAUCCUCCCCCACAGGCCCACAAUGGAUUCCCCAAAAAUGGGUCAAACUCUAUAUACCAAAAAAUGCUGGGGUGAGGGAAGAAAAUGAUGAGCAAGUCACAGUGGCCUCUAAGAGGAGGCGCCGCAAGGAGGAGGAAGAAACCGUGCAAACCUCUGUCUCACCUGUUCAAACCCUGAAAAACUGUUACCCAGUCUAAUAAUUCUUGUGUUUAUUUUAUGCAGAGAGUUAAUCUCCCAAGAUCCAUACCACCAUGCACUUCAUCCUUGUGCUGAUUCUUAUCUCCAUGUUGAGCUGUCACAUCGCUGUGUGGAUUGUCCCUCAACCCAGGCAGAAUGUGUGGGUCACACUGGCACAAGCCCUCAACCCCAAAACUGAGCAGCCAUUGAUUACUUCCUGCUACUGCAUGGGCAUGAGUGCCAAGAAUUUGAGGGAUGGUGCUGUAUGAGCUUGUCAUCAAAAGCACCCAACAUCCACACAGUGCUCUGGGAGAUGGGGUCGAUGAUCGAUCAAAUCAAGCAAGAAACCGGAGACUGGUUUAAUCUCCAUGAUGGGACUGUCAGGAUGGUUAACUUCUCUUCCUAAGACUGUUCUGUUACUUUUUAUUGUUCUUACUAUGUUAAUGUUUUGGAUUUUCUGUUGUUUCAUUUUAAAGACCAUUAAGAGUUUAGUUUUUCCUCCGCUGAAGUAAAUCAAAUUGAAAAUGUAGAACCAAGUUGCCCUGAUUGGCCAUCUAAUCAGGAUUGGUGGGCAGAUCAGUAUCCCAGGUCUGAGUACCUGCAAUGCCCAUCCUUCUAAUUUAUUAAACAAAGAAGGAGGAGAUGUUGUAUUCUGUUGGAAUGGUUUAUUCUUGCUUUCCCCAUAUUUCAUGAGUUAACGGUUUAGCCCAGAAUUUGUAUACUCCCUUUUGCUCCUUACAUAGUUAUUCCACACCCUUUGUUCCAGCACCUUCCUUGUUCAUCACCUAAACCCUGCCUAAACUCCCUGUCAGUUACUGUAAAACCUGUCCCUUUUAUCCAGAAAGUUCUAUGUCUGUUAUGUAUCCUUUGAGACCCCACUGGACUCUGUACCACAAUCCCUCCCACAGAGUAACCCUAUUGGUUUCCUAAAUUCGAUCAUCCUCCCCUCUCCUCCUCCCUAGUUAUCUCCCAUUGGUUAGUUGUUUAUAUCAACCCCUGUUACACCCCCUACAUAAAACCCCGUACAGAGAAUUGCUCCGCACCUGUUCUUCCCUCGUGUACCCAUUCACAAUAAACAGGUGGGUUUACCUGAGAGGAGAAGGUUUCCUUGAAUCCUUCAUCCUGGUCCUAGUGGACUGACUCCAAAGGCUCAAGGAGUGUGCUUCUGCUCUUGCAGGUU